AUGGUCGGCCUCACUUCUGCGCCCAAGGCGCAAUCCUCACCGAUGCAUAUCGACCCCGAGACUACGCACCGUGCCUCUGUUGCGGACGGCAACAUGCUCGGUGUCGCCUCCGAAGCCGCUGCCGCCACCGAGGCGGAGCGCAACAUGGGCCUCAUGCAAUCCAUCAAGCUAUACCCCAAGGCCGUGUUCUGGUCUAUUUUCUUCAGCACCGCUGUCAUCAUGGAGGGCUUCGACAAGACCCUCCUCAACAACCUCUACGCCUACCCGGUCUUCCAGAAGAAGUUUGGAGAACUUCAGCCCGACGGAUCGUACCAGCUGACCUCUGCUUGGCAGUCCGGUCUCAGUAACGGUGCACUUGCGGGAGAGAUUACGGGUCUCUUUAUCAACGGUAUCAUCGCUGACCACUUUGGCUACCGUAAGACCAUGAUUGGUGGUCUGAUUGGAGUUACUGCUUUCGUUUUCAUCAUCUUUUUCGCGGAGACGUUGCCUCAGCUGUUGGUAGGAGAGAUUCUCAUUGGUAUCCCGUGGGGUAUCUUCCAGACCAUUACCGUCACAUACGCAUCUGAAGUCUGCCCUACACAUCUGCGAGCUUACUUGACUACUUAUGUUAAUCUCUGCUGGGUCAUUGGCCAGCUGAUUGCUAGCGCUGUCCUGCGCGCCAUGGUUGAGCGAACCGACAAAUGGGGCUACAAGAUUCCAUUCGCUCUGCAAUGGAUGUGGCCUAUUCCCCUCAUUAUCGGCAUUUUCUUCGCCCCCGAGUCCCCUUGGUGGCUUGUCCGCAAGGAGCGUCUCGAGGAUGCCAAACAGGCCCUUCUCCGCCUUACCUCCCGCAACGCGCAGCAGGACUUCAACCCUGAUGAGACCAUCUCGAUGAUGGUGCACACCAACGAACUCGAGAAAGCCGUUCAGGCAGGCACCACUUACGCGGACUGCUUCAAGGGCAUCGAUCUUCGCAGGACCGAAAUCGUCUGCGGCACCUGGACGGUCCAAACAUUAUGCGGCGCGACCUUUAUGGGUUUCUCAACUUAUUUCUUCCAACAGGCUGGCAUGGCUGUGGAGAACUCUUUCAGCAUGUCUCUGGGCCAGUACGCCAUUGGUGCUGUCGGAACAAUGCUCUCGUGGGUUCUGAUGAAACGUUUCGGCCGCCGUACGCUAUACCUCUCAGGACAGCUCGCCAUGACGGUGAUUCUCGGCUCUAUCGGUUUCGCCUCGCUUGCAGGUCGCACCAACGUCAGCGCUCAGUGGGCCAUCGGUAGUCUACUCCUUGUAUACACCUUCUUCUACGAUUGUACAGUUGGACCGGUGUGCUACUCUUUGGUCGCGGAGUUGAGCUCGACGCGUCUCAAGACCAAGACGGUGGUGCUGGCUAGAAACCUAUACAACAUCACGGGUAUCGUGACCAAUAUCCUCACGCCUCAAAUGCUGAACCCGUCGGCGUGGAACUGGGGUGCCAAGAGCGGCUUCUUCUGGGCCGGAAGUUGCUUCCUCUGCUUUGUGUGGUCCUACUUCCGCCUCCCGGAACCCAAGGGCCGUACAUAUGCCGAACUGGAUAUCCUUUUCGAGCGGAAGAUAUCCGCAAGAAAGUUUAGCUCGACCAAAGUCGGCAGCCUGCAGAGACACGACAGUGAUGGGCUCUCUGAAAAAGAGUCGGGUGUGAGGGAGAUUGAGAAGACUUCGUCAUGA